GUUGCUGCCGGACCUUAAAGCCCGGUAGAUUCGACUCCAUCGUCUUGAUUGUUGUCUCACUAUUUUUGUGGAUAUUGUAGUUAUUUUCAUGUCUUCAUAUCUUAACAAAUAUUUCCUAAUCCGGUGACAAAGAAAUAGUGUUCCUGGGGGAGUUUUUUCGACAUGUCAGCUAAUUUUAUGUAUUCCAAUACUGCAUUAUCUUCCCUCAUACCGCAUCAGCAGCAACAGCACAUAGUUACUCAACGUAGUCGGUCAGCUUCAACGUCUAACGCUGGACCAAAUGUUCACACACAAUAUCAAGUUGCUCUCUCACAGCCUUAUCAAAACCUUGGCCCUAUGGAUGGGUCGUGGACUCAGACGCAAGGCAUGUAUGUUAAUGGCUUAAAUAAAAUGAUUAAUGUAUUUCCUGGGCAAAACAUGACAGAUAUGGAACAAACACCAAUCAGUCAGUCAAGUGAGAAUUAUAAAUAUGCACCCAACGUCAAACUAAAUGAAUUAAAUGCAAGAUCGUGUGCCCAUUCUUUUCAACCAUCAAACGGAAAUGCUGGUGGUAAUCAUGGAUCGAUUACUCUUGGAGCCCAACAAGUUCAUUUUGCCGUGGCGGCUACUCCCAAUGGUUUAGUUCAGCCACAUACAGGCCUACAAAAUCCAUCUACAUCAAUACGCUCUGAACAAACUGGUGUCCUUCAUCCAAACUCUCAACAUCCAUCUGGCUCUUUAGGUCAACCAUUUCUUAUUCCAGGAAUUGUAGGGCAACCGACUAUAAGAACAUUGACACAGGAUAACCUGUCUCCAGCAUACAGAGAAUCUGGUUCCACUCAACCACUUCUAACAUCUGGUUCAAAGCAGGUAAAUAAUCUUAACAAUACGAACACUGCACGUGACCUUCACCCUCGAAUUCUUGACGUUAAUGUAUCAAUGAACCAAUCAGCCUACGUCCCAUCUGUCCCAGUCCAACAACAUCCCGUUGUCUCACACCAUCAACUAUACACGAGUCCUACACUUCAGCCACCGUCGUUACAUGGGAUGGUAGAGUAUGUUCAAGCCGUCUAUCCUACUAAUCCAAAUGUUCAUGUUCCAUAUACACAGCAAUCUGCAGCCUUAUUUGGGCACUAUCCUGCGCAAAUAAACGCUGGAUUCGAUUCAACAAUAAAUACAAACUUUAAUUCACGUAUACGCCACAACACUUGGGCUGGUCUCGAAGAUAAUAUGUCCUCUGCUGUGAAUCACGAUUCAUCUGUUAGGAAAAUAAAAAACGAAAAAGUUUUAGUUCCAAGUGACUUCCCAUCUACAGUCAACGAAUAUAAUUUGAAUUCCCAUGGUUCAUUUACUCAAUAUACAGCUAAUCCAUAUUUUUCUGGUUUUAAUCAGUCAUCUUUUUACCAAACAGAUGGUCAAAAGCCAGAUAUCUCUAAAUUACCUGGUUCAGUUACAUUCCAACAUGGUGAAACACAAAAACAUCCAUGCAGUUAUCAAAAUCCCGCUUCUUUACAAUUUAAUUCUUCCUCAGCUAUGACCAACAAAGUAGAUUUUCCCAGUAAUGAUGUUUCAUAUAUGACUUCUGUUCCAAUAGGUCAGUUGCCUUCAAGAUCGAACUAUCAGGUUCACAAUAGUUCAUACUUAUCAUCAGUUCCAUCUUGUAUACCCGUUCAAAGCAAUAAUAACUAUAUUGGCAGCAAUAACAACCAUACUGUCUCUUCGCAUGCUUAUGUUUUUAAUUCUGAUAAUUCAAAAACACUACAACAAUCAGCUUAUCCCGUAAAAGAUAAUUAUCCGCGCAUAAGUCACAAGCCUCGUGAGUGGAAUAAAUCUAAAGAUGCAAUCAAUUAUAAACCUCCAUCAAGUUCUAAUCACUCUCGUUUAAACAAUACAAAAUCAAAAAACGUAAUUAAGAAUUUCUCUUCAGACAAACAAGCUGGUCUUAAUGACCGUAAACCUAAUUCUAGUUCGAUAAAUGAUAGGUUAACACAAACGGAAAAAAACACUAACUCUUUUACUGUUCAAACAACGUCGAGUUUCGUAUCCUCAGGUAGUCAAGGUCUCAUAUCUUCCUUGUCUGCAACUAACCAAGACUUUAAUUCAAACCACCAGCUGAAUACAAAAACCACCCAUUUCGACUAUCCACAGUUCUAUACAAAUGUUUAUGGGACGGUAAACCAGACUAAUGAGCAAUGUGUUGGAGGACCACCAAAGCAUUUGCAAAAUUAUCAAUCAUCUCUUGCCAAUAAUAACGUACUGUCUAAUUAUGUUCAAGGUCUUCCUGAAAAUCUGAUAGGUAGUUUGAAAUUAAGUGGUUUUCGCUUGGUUCUUGAUUCAUGUCCAACAAGAUUGUUACUUAGCACAUCAUUAGUUGGUUCGAUUAUUGGUCGAGGUGGUCGAACUAUUCGUCAGAUUACAACAAAAACGGGGGUUAAAAUAGGGAUGAAACAGGAUAUUAUCACGUUUUCACAGUUCUCUUUGCCUGGGAAAGGAAAAAAGACAUUCAAGUCAUCUGAUUCUGUCAGUACCAAUCACGUUGCAAGUACUAAUCACUUUAAAGAGGAAGAAGAAGGGGAAAAAGAAGAAACAAGUCAACUGUCUGACAAUAAAGAUGCUUUUACAAAUGUUAAUGGCAAUACAAAGGUUGAUCAAGCACCAGAAACAUGUUCAAAUAUCAAUACUGAAUCUAUAUUAGCUAAUAAAUCUCAAUCCAACUUAGAGGUUCAAUCAGACGAAAGUCAACUUGCUAUUCUUUUCGGAUCAAGGGAACAAUGUUCAGCGGCAUUAUGUGAAAUUCUUACAAUAUGUUUCCGUGAAUCUAAACAUCGUGGCUUCUCUGAUCCUUGCUUAGGUCUACUUGUUGAACAGCAUAUUUAUGCACAACUGAUAAUGAAUAAAGGGAAAAAAUAUUUCAAUGCUAUUCAUACUGCUACAGGCGCACGCAUAUCAGUAACGGGAACACCACUCCAAAUUCGUCCUUCUAAUGACCUUGAACAAUCCAAUUUAGCUCCUACCGACAGAGUAUUAGUUGUUCGUGGUCAAUUACAUUCUAUUUGUGCAGCUGAAGCAUUUCUCAGUGAACAAAUUCGAUGGGCAACAAUUGAAUCGUCUAUUCCAUCUAAUUUUUGGCCUUUACUCAAUCAUCUUCCUUCUCUUCCAGUGAAUAGUAAUCAUAGAUCAUCGAAAUCUUCCAAUUUAUCGUUUAGUUAUGAUCCACAAUCAGUAUGUUCAUUAAUUAUGUCAUUGGGAUCUAUAUUUUGGCCUCAGUCUGUAUGUGCUAAACUUGGAAAAAAUACUAAUUUUCAAUAUUAUAACAAACGAUCUUUAGUGCGAAGUAUAAAUACUCCAAAAACUGAUAUUACAUUAUCUAAAAACAUUGAAAAUAGUAAUCUCAACUCAACAAAUAUAGUAAAUGUUGACGAUGAAAACGACACAAAUAAACAAGAACAAGACAAAAAUAUAAAUGAUAAUAAUGACAACUUAGAAACUAUUAAUGACGAUGAUGAGAAAAGUAAGAUCAACUCCAAAACAAAAGAGAAUAUUGACAAUACAUUGAAUCACUCAUCAAUUAACAUUGAAUUGUCGGUUGAUGAUGAUAAUGAUGAUGACAGUGAUGAAGAAGGAGAGGAUCAGGAUCAGGAAGCAAUACACAAUAAAACUAUUGAUAGUGUUGUAUCAUCUGAUUUUGAACAAGACAAAAAUGAAUCCGCUGUUGUUUUAGAAAUGUCUAGCGAGAAUAAAGAAACAGAAUUGCAAUCGCCAUCUAAUAAUUGUAUUGAUUCGGAUACGCAAAAAUUGGAUAAACUAGAUCAAUUAAAAUCUGACCAAUGUGCAUUUGAACGCUUAGCUCGUUCAACAAACCCUAAAGAAACUAACCUUACUAUGGUGACCGCUGUUCAACAGUCAUUAAUUGCAGCUGUAGGUCCAAUAGCUUGGUUAGCUACCGGGGGUAUGCUUUAUAUGCGUGUUUCGUACAACGAAGCUGGUGCAUUGAUUGGAUCGGAAGGAUCUCGAAUCCAACAACUUAUGCAAGUUACAGGAGCUGAAAUACAUGUCGGCAAGGUUCCAAUAAGUCCACCUUAUGCAUUAAAUCCAAUUACUAAACGUACUUAUUCAAAUAAUAAUGUUAUACUAUCUAAUGAAAAAUCACCAACAUGUAUAUCUCUUGUUGACUCUUUCUUUAAUGAUACUGUCACUGGUAUAAACUGUGAUUCUUCAUCUAUUGUUAACAGUAAAAUUGAUCAAUCAUUAUCUAAAUCCAAUAAUGAUAAUGAUGACAAUACUGAUGUUAAUCAAUCUAUAAACAUUAUAAAUGAUAAAUUAUUAUCUUCAAUGGAUAUCAAUGAUGAAAAUAAUAAUGAUGAUGGUGAUGAUGAUGAUGAUGAUUCUACCAAACAACAAUCCAAUAAACUUAUUAACAGUGAUGUUAAUGAAGAAAACAUUUGUACAAAUAAAUUGUCUAUUGUAGACAAUAAUGAUAAUGAAAUGAAUGUCACAAUAAAAGAAUGUACAGAAGUAAUUUCUUCACUGAAUGAUGAUACUCAUAAUAAUGAUAAUAAAAAUAUUAUCAAUGAUGUUCCAGUUAAUCAAACAUCAGAUACUAUAUCUAAUUGUUGUAAUCAUCAUCAUCAUUCUCUAGUGAAAAGUUCUUCAACACAUUCAAAUUGUAUAAUUGCUGAAAAAAUUUCAAAUAAUCAAAUAUUGGAAUCUAUGGAACAAAAAACUUCCAAUACAUUGCCAUCAUCAUCAUCAACAUCAAAUCAAUCAUAUCGUUUAGUUAGUUUGUCUGGUUCAGCUCAAUCACAAAUUAUGGCUCAAUGGCAAAUAUUUCAACGUCUUAAAAAUUUACAUAAACGUCAGAUGACCACUGGGUCUUCUUCAUCAAAUGAUAAUUCAAGUCAGAAAUUAUUUUGUUUAGCCACUUUAAUAUGUCUACCGUAUCGAUUUCUCUGGUGGCUUACAACUCAUAAUCCUGGAUUCAUAGAAACAUCUCAAUCAUCCUCCAUUCUUACAUCAACUGUCUUCUCAAAGUCCGAUGACUCUGGUAAUACUAAUAAUAACAAUAAAUCUGGAACAUCUCCAUUGAAUUGGAUUCAAUCAUUAGCUAGUAGACGUUUAAAUGCAAAUUUAUCAUCAAAUGAUUCAGUUAAAAAAUUCAUUCAUGUACUACCUGAGCCUAGACGACGUAAACGUUUAGUUCAACAACAACUUAAACGAAUCAAUGCUACUCUACGUGGCCAACAACAACAAUUAAACUAUACUGGUGGUAAUUGUUUAUCUAAAUCACUUAUUUUACCACCAAGAGGAUUAACUAAUGAUGGUUUAGAUCAGUUGUGGGCUCAUCCUAAUCGUAUACCAUUAGAAAUAUAUGCUGACUUUGAUACCACACAACUUAUUUUAACAAAUCUGCAUCAUAUGUUAGCCUUAUGGUUAUAUGGACAAUCUCUUGCUGGCACCUCUGUUCAAUCGUUUAUUCAAGCUCCAAUCGUAUAUGUACUGCCCAAUGGACGUCCAGCUAAUAUGUCAACCUCGGAUUCAGCUAACAGUCGAUCAUAUUCUAAGUCUAAUCGACAUAAUACAGAUCAACCUGAUUAUUGGACACUUAUGCCCGGUCGUCAAGAUGCUUUUUUAAAUUCUCUGAGACAACCAUUUCAUAUACCAUUGUUGCCUGGAGGUAUUCCGAAUUUUGGAUCCUCCACUACAGGUCCCCCUAACUACUCAACACCAAUGCUCCCAGACCGUUCAAAUUGCACAAAUCUCGCUCAACCUUUUUUCUAUCCUCGAUAUCCCUUGAUAAAUUGGCAUGGAAUAGCCAAUAGCAAAUACUCAGGACAGACGAUGAUAUCAGACCCCACCGCGACGAGGCCUGUGCGCAUUGGACCUCCAACACUGUAUGGUUGUUGGCCGCGUGGACGUUUCAGUGAUACAGUUGAUGACAAGCACAACAUUGAAAUAGAUCAAUCCUCUUCACAAUCUACACGAUUUCCAUCAGCUGGUACUGGUUACACGUUUAUCACUAACCUACCUUUCCAACCACCGGCACGUCCACCUACAAGUUUAAAUCAUGUUCACACAACUACUCAUUCACAAGUUGUUCCUGGUUCCUGUUAUCGUGGUUCAUCUAUUUCAUCACAUCCUAAUAAAUUUAGAUUUCGUAAUCCAUGCAGUGGUGGAAAUCAUUCAGUGGAACCAUUUAUUAUAAAUAGUAUGCCUUUAUUGGAUACACCAAAUCAAAUUAAUCAUCAUUCAAAUUUUGUUCACAAUUCAAAACAAACAAAUCAUACUACAAUAAAUGGGGAUAAAAAUCAAGGAAUACGCACAAAGCAGAAUUUACAAGAAUCAGUAUGUUCUUUCACUUUUCUUCCCAUUUAUUUUUGACAUGAUUCAGUGUUGUUUCUAUUAAAUUUUUGUCCAUUAUCUGAAUUAAGCAAAUGAGUUCUUUUUAACGGGUAUUGUAUUGUGAAAAUUCUCUCUUUAUGAAUAACACUCUAUAACACAACUGACUUGUUCAUAACCGAUGCUUCUAACCAGCGAAGUUAUAAUCAUCAAUUCAUGAAUUCUUAAAUUAAACUCGCUAGAAAAACACAUCAUUUAAAAGCAUUUUUUUUCUGUAUAGAGUCUAUUUGAAGCAUUCAAUUGAAAAUUACUAUCUAGUACCCUGGGAUAGUCGGGUAAGUAAUAAUGAAGUUAGACGGCAGGGUAUUAGGGAAUGAUGAUGAUAAAUCAGUUGAUGAGGUUUUAAAUCUUCAUCGACUAAGAUGGUUGUUUCACGUGUUACGUGUGUCUGAACACCGAUUACCACGUCGUGUAAUGCUAACGGGUGUUAGAGAUGGUUGGAAGAGAAUUAGGGGCAGACAAACCAAAUCGUGACAUCAGUCACUAACCCGUAGUCUGAGCCAUGUUGGUAGAUGCAGACUACUUGGUUGGGGUCCGUGUGACUAUCGUAACGAAUGGUUAGAGACUCUUGGUGACAUGGCUCAGAAUCGAUCACAAUGGCGUCGGUGUAUACAAUACUCUCUGUCUUCCCUUAAACUAUGAGAUUAUAAUUAUUUCAUAUUUUUCUUUCUACGAACUAAUUUUUCCUUCCUUGUACACAAUCUUUCUUUUAUACUUUACUACCAUUGAAAUGACUACUUCUAUGAAUUUCAUGUUCAUCUUAUUGUGGUAAUGAGGUAUGGCAACUUGAAUCGAUACAUAUAUUUGUCUGAUCCUACAUUAUAGCUGAUUGAUAAACUUUUGUUAAGUUCAUUUCCAUUGACUUAUAUUCAGGAAAAUAUCUAUUAGAUUGAAUUCUAUACAAUUAAACUUCAUAUAAUCCAUUCAUGAUAAAUCAAUGCGCUCAAUGGUUAAAAUGUUCAACUUUCAAACAUUCAGUCAUAGAUUUAAGAUUAAAUUAUUUCAACGAAUUUUCUACUGUCUAAAUGAAAGAAACUAUUAGUUAUAGAUAGAUAGUACAAUAUGAAUGAUAGUAAACUAACUAUGAUAUCAAAAGAAUAAACAGUUAGUUACCUUGGGGAUUGUUUUUAUUUCAUACGGCAAAAUAUUAUGAUUAGAUAAUAGAAAUGAAGUGAUUGAUAAAGGAUAUCGAUUAUGUAAGUCACUCAUUCAUUCUACAAUGGGUUAUUUUGUUUAUUUAUUUACUUAUUUAAACACAUAAACAUUGGCACUAAUGGGGCACCAAAGCCUUCAACCUAGAGGUCUAAUUCAGUAAGCGGUGAAGCGACGUUAAAAGAUGUAGUCCCAUGGUGGCCGGUGUCCAAGUACAAGUUCAUACGCUAUUUAUUCUCCCGGGAUCCUGCAGAUCAUGUGCACCAUUGAUUUGGAAUCAGAGUCUUCCAACUCCUUCGGUGGAUACUCUGUAUCCAUCAAAAUUGUUUAAGCGCCGGACAUUCGCUUUUUGUCCUCAUCUUGAUAAACAACAACACCGCCACGAGAAGGAAGUGAGUAGCGCCCGAUUAUCAAUGGCUAUAUAUGCGUAACCAAUAUGAGAGCAUUUGAAGAGGGAAAGAGGACUUUCCCCACCCUCGGUCGUAUCAGAACAUUUGAAUUAACAUAUAAUUAUUACGUUUAAUUCUCAAUUUAUCAUAUUCAUUUGUAAUUGAGGUUGAAUUAAAUAUGGUAUGUUACACUGUUUUAUAAUCGAGUCAUUAAAUCAUGUGUGGAGAACGAAAUCUAGAUUUCCAUAUUCGUAUCUCAUUGUUUAAGAUUAACAAAGUUGAUUCACUCUUUAGGCACCUGGACAGUAUCACAGCCCUCACAUGAAUUAAUGAUAACGACUAAUGGCCUGAUUGUUAUUGUGCGGCGCAUAUGUAUUUGGUACCCCCCUUGCUACCAAUGUUUAUGUGUUCAAACAAAUAAAUAUAUGACUAAGAGAAUUAUUACACGAUCAGAACAAAUUUCUCUCUGAUAGUACAUACGAAUUGAUAACAAAUAUGAUUAUUACCCUUCUGAAUACGUUUACCACAAUGAGCUACAGACUAUCAGGAGACGACAGUGUUGCAUGGCCUGUUACUGACGAAUUAAGAUUUAAGAAAAAUAUCACUUUACGCAGUAGUGAUCAAUACUCUGUAUAUAUCAAUAUAUUCAUUGUUCUUUUCUCCCUAUCUAAAUUUAUCUAGCGGCGGAACAAAGAAGACCUAGUUGUUGGUGGUGAUAGCUAGAUUUGAUCAGACAGUAUCCCCCCCCCAAUAUCUUUAUCAUAAUUAUUUGUUUUUUUUGUGUUAAUUUUCAUCUUUGCUCACUCUCACACUCUCAUCUUAUAAUCAUGAUUGUGAAUAAAUAAAAAUCAAGCAAACCUUCUGUGAAUAAACACACACACAUACACAAUCAUAAGUACUUUUUGUUAUCAUUUUGAUUCACUAGUCUUUUUUGUUGUUGUUCUUCUUCUUUCAAUAGUGAAUCUCCAACAUUUUGUAAUUCAUCUUAUUUUUUAAUGUUCUGCCACCCCCUCUUUCACCUUGAUUUAAUAUAAUCCCUGUCUUCUUCUUCUUUACCAUUUGUUUUCUUUUUGUAAAUCUUAUCGAACCCUGUUGCCACCCUCCUUAACUCUAUUCGUGUUUUGUUUUCUUUUAAUCCUUAGUUUUAUUCUCUUCAUUGUCAAAUUGUAUGUGCGUGAAAUGCGCAUGUUUUUUUGAUUGGAUAAAGUGUUCAUCUGUAAGUAGUUGGAUAAUAAUCAUCUGUACUAAUCAUGAGAAUUUCUUAAUAUGUAAUCUCACUUUACUCUCUUUGUUCUAUCUCUCUCUCCCUCUCUCGUUCUCAGUAUCAUGUAUACUGGUUUCCGUACUCAUCACUUCAUUUCUCCAUAGCCUACUCCUUGUUAUUUAUAUUUUUUAUGUAUGUUUUAUGUUAUCCUUAUUGUUCUGCUCAAUUUUCGGCUAGUAGUUCUUUUAUGUGUGGUUCACUUCAUUUCUCUUUCCUUUCUUUCUCUGUCUGAACUCGAAAAAAUCAUGAUGUGUAGAUGAUGAUUAUGAUUGUGUUGGUUAAUAGACGAUCAAGACAUUAUUUUAUGUAUUCGAAUAGAAGAAAAUGGUUAUGUGUUUGUAUAUUUACACAUGAAACAUGAUUUACUCUUUACUACCUUCCCCCUCCACUUUAUCCAUCGUUCUAAAUUGUUCUUCCCUGUGUGUAAACAACUAAUUUUCUUUGUUGUAACUCACUUCAUCUUUAAACUUCAAUUCUUCGCUUUUUGUUAACCAUACCCAUAGUUCUAUUCGUUUCUUAUUCCUUUUUUUCAAACUCUUUCUUUCCAUAGGAAUAAAAAACAAAACAAAUUAAGCUCAAAUUACAUUUAAUUGUAGAUCAACCAAUAAUUUCUUCGCUCGCAUGUGCAGCUAACAACAAAGACAACACCCCUGUUCUCUCGUAACUAAUAUAACUUAGUAGGUAAUUACAUUUUCUUGUUAUUAACUCUUCGUUGCUCACUACUACUACUACUACUAAUUGGUCAACAAUAAUAAAAUCGUACAAUGAAUAAAUCAGUGUGUUAAUAAAGAAAUGACUAUGAUUGUUUCACCCCUUUCAUCUCAUUCAAUUUGUGAUUAUACUAUAGGUGUUUUCAUCAUUUUUACAAUGAUUGUGUAUUUGUCGGUUUAUGUGUUAUGUAAGAGACCUCCCGGUGUUGUCUUUCACAUAUUUAUACGAGCGUACUACUACCACCACUUUGAAAGGGGGAGAGAGAGAGAAAAUGAACCGUAAACACACUUAUGUACAUUUAUCUGUGCCUUGAGAAAAGAAGAAAUAAAGGUUGUCACUAAGUGAAAUGAAAUAAAACAUAUAAAAAAAGAAGAAAAACGGCUUAGAAAAAAAUAGACAUUUCUAUGUAUUAUCAAAAUUGUAGUCGGAUCAUUUUCAUUUUGGUUUCGAUAUCAUUAUUAUCUCAUUGUGGUUAAUAACAUUUUUCUCUUGUGUACUUUUGUGUUUGUGUGUAAGUUGUUUUUGUCUUUGCUCUCUUAUAUUCCUAUAUUUGUCCCCCCUCCCCCCAUUCUUUUUUUUUCUAUUUUACCCUUCAGUUUUUUUAAAGAAAUUUACUCUUUUUAAUGUGUAGACGACACUUUGUGCACAAUAUAAUUCUCUUUUUUUUCUAUUCAAAGAAAAUUGAAACAAUGAUAAUAGUUUUGUUCCCAA